AUGGUCCGUCUUGAUUUUCCUACGACCAAUAACGAGGCAGAGUACGAAACUUUGGUAGCAGGACUAGAUCUCACCAAAGCGGUAGGAGCUGCAAAUAUGGUUGUGUACUCCGAUUCCCAGGUAGUAACUAGACAAGUUAAUGGCAACUAUAACUACAAGAACGAAUGGAUGAAGAAGUACCUUGAGCAAGUGAAGAAUCGAUUGAAAUUUCUGGUGGUCGGUAUAGACUACUUUACCAAGUGGGUGGAAGCCGAAGCACUGACCACCAUCACGAAGAAAAAUAUGCAAAGCUUCGUAUGGAAGAACAUCGUCUACAGGUAUGGUAUACCUAGAGUACUGGUCUCAGACAACGAGAAGCAAUUCGACAACAACGCAUUCAGAGACUUUUUCUCACAACUAGGGAUCAAGAAUCACUACUCAUCUCUUGCCCACCCUCAAGCCAAUGGACAAGUUAAGGUCACGAACCGAUCCUUGCUCAAAAUCAUCAAGACCCGACUCGAGGGGGAAAAGGGUAUAUGGCUAGAGGAAUUGCCAAGUCAUAUGGGCGUAUAG